AACUCCGAUUCUUCCAGUGUUUGUCGGCACUCGCCAAGCUGUUCUUCAUAUUUGUGCUGCUCGGUGCCGCGCUUCAACUACUACCACUGAUUCAGCUCACCGGGGCGCACAACACUCAGCAUGCAUCGUUUCUCGUUGGUUGCUACCGCCUUGCUUGGACUGACCAAGGGGGUCUUGGGUGACACAGAGACCUGUGGUCAGGUACCGUAUGACCCCUCGAAGUACGUCUGCUGGGACAAUGAGUUCCUCUGCCCUAUCACGGCGGGUGAACCGCUGUCCUACUGCGCCGGUGCAUGCUACAGCAAGUUCAUGUACACGUGCACAAACAACGUCCUGACUCUCCUCCCGCCUGUCGAGACCCCGUUUACGCUCACGGCCGACAACCCGAACCUUCCCAUCCACGGCAAGCCUGUUACCGCUGCCAACCAGCACUGGGUAGUAAACGGCGAAACCGCUAGCUACUGCCCCGACCAAGUCGGCGACGCCUGCCCGCCCGGCAACGAGACCGUCAUCGUUUCCGGGGGCGGGACUGUUUCCAUGAGCGUCAUGGUUCCCGGCGGGCAGCAGGCCUACCUUGACCCGUACUGGAACAUGGGCUAUACCCAGGCUCACUCGGCCUACAUCCCCCCCGGAAGCAUUACGACGGGCUUUGGCGCUUACCAGGGUGGUGGCUUCGUCAACCUCAACGGCAACGGCUGGGGCUGGGCUGCCUGCCCCCCAAGGGCUUCCGGCGGCGGCGGUCCGGCCUGGAACCUGGUCGCGAGAAAUGAUACGAAUGCAGAGCGAUACAAGGAUUGCUCGCCCAUCAACCUCAAGAUUCACUCCCUACCGAGCGGCACCGUGGGCGCCUGGCAGUAUACAUAAGAGUUAAUGAGUAAUGCUCAUCAUGCCAAGCCCUGCGGGCGUUGGGUUUUGGGAGAUAAAACUUUACACUCUGUAGAUAUUCGAGUAGGAUGCAAUACACGUAAGCAGGCUACAGGAGCGUGCUUCU